AUGGCCGGCGCUCCUGUUAUACCUGUGGUCUCGGAUGAGGAUUCAGAAAGUGAAAGCCAAAUUGUCACUGGGAGAGAAAAGAAGAAAGUGGUGCAUUUUAAUAACGACGAUGAUGCUGAUGACGAAGAUGCAGUCCCACGUGUGAAAACUAAAAGGACACAUCGUGAAGAUAGGGAUGAUAGACCUGACACGCAUGAUCGAGAUAGAAAUGCAUCGAGACGAAGAUUAUCCCACAAUAGGAAGAAAAAGGCAGCCUCAGGUAAUAAAAAUCUGCUAGGUGCUAAUGGUGGGUAUGCCUGGGAAGAUGAAAUUAAAAGAUCAUGGGACUUGGUGACUGUAGAUGAAGAAAAUGAUAUGGCGUCUCUCGUGGCUAGUAUUAUUGAGGCAAGGAAAAAGAGAACGGCAAAGAAAAUUGUCACACCUUAUCAAAGAGGUAUCAUUAGAACUUUGAUCUUAACUUUGGAUUGUAGUGAGGCAAUGGUUGAGAAGGAUCUUAGACCCACUCGUCAUGCUAUGAUGAUCCAGUAUGCCAUCGAUUUCAUCCAUGAAUUCUUCGAUCAGAAUCCAAUCUCUCAAAUUGGGAUAGUAAUAAUGAGGAAUGGUCUGGCUCAUUUAGUAAGUCAAGUCAGUGGGAAUCCUCAGGAUCAUAUUGAUGCUUUGAAAGCAAUUAGGAAGCAAGAACCUGCUGGAAACCCUUCUCUACAGAAUGCAUUGGAAAUGGCAAGAGGUUUAUUGUUACCGGUUCCCGCCCAUUGUACAAGAGAAGUGUUAAUAAUAUUUGGUUCUUUAUCUAGUACAGACCCUGGGGAUAUACAUCAAACCAUAAAUUCUUUAGUUCAGGAGAAGAUCCGUGUUAAAGUUAUUGGGUUAUCUGCCCAGGUUGCCAUCUGCAAAGAGUUAUGUAAGGCGACAAACUAUGGAGAUGAUUCAUUUUAUAAGAUCCUAUUAGACGAGACGCAUUUCAAAGAACUAUUUGAUGAAGCCGUUACCCCUCUGCCAGUAAAUAAAAUUAAUAAAGGAUUUACCCUUGUGAAGAUGGGGUUCCCAACGAGAAUAUUUGAAGAUACACCUAGUUUCUGCGCUUGUCAUUCAAAAUUGGUGUACGGCGGGUAUUUUUGUCCUAGUUGUCAUAGUAAAGUUUGUUCAUUGCCUACUGUGUGCCCCUGUUGCGAUCUUAUGUUAAUUCUGUCCACACAUUUGGCAAGAUCAUAUCAUCAUCUAAUGCCCCUAAAGACCUUUGUAGAAGUUCCAGCCACAGAAACUUUCCCAACAGAAAAUUGUUUCAGUUGUCAAUUAGUCUUCCCAAUACUGAAGAAUCAAAAGACUGGGAAACUAUUAACAAGUUCUCGAUAUAGAUGUGACAGUUGUAAGAAAGAUUUUUGUAUUGAUUGUGAUGUCUUUAUUCAUGAAAUUCUUCAUAAUUGUCCUGGUUGUGAAUCUAAACCAACUAUUAUUUAG